AUGAAGAAAGGAAAAGGGAAAUCUAAGGCCGAGAGGGAAGUGAUGAGCUGGCUGGGCUCGAGGCCCAACAGGUCCACAGUGUUAGCAUUUCAUCCCCUUGGAGUGGAAGCUUCUGGAAACCCUAGAGGGGCACCUCACUUCCAAGCACGAAGUAACGGCACAGCCAACAAGAUGAACGGCGCUUUGGAUCACUCAGACCAACCAGACCCAGAUGCCAUUAAGAUGUUUGUCGGACAGAUCCCCCGGUCCUGGUCAGAAAAGGAGCUGAAAGAACUUUUUGAGCCUUACGGAGCCGUCUACCAGAUCAACGUCCUCCGGGACCGGAGUCAGAACCCUCCCCAGAGUAAAGGUUGUUGUUUCGUAACAUUUUAUACAAGAAAAGCUGCACUUGAGGCCCAGAAUGCACUGCACAAUAUUAAAACUUUACCUGGGAUGCAUCAUCCCAUUCAGAUGAAACCUGCAGAUAGUGAAAAAUCAAACGCCGUGGAAGACAGAAAAUUGUUCAUAGGAAUGGUUUCGAAGAAAUGUAACGAGAAUGACAUCCGGGUGAUGUUUUCUCCGUUUGGCCAGAUAGAAGAAUGCCGGAUCCUCCGGGGGCCCGACGGGCUGAGCCGAGGCUGUGCGUUUGUCACGUUUUCUACAAGGGCAAUGGCACAGAAUGCAAUCAAAGCCAUGCAUCAGUCUCAGACCAUGGAGGGCUGCUCUUCACCGAUCGUGGUGAAGUUCGCGGACACCCAGAAGGACAAGGAGCAAAGGCGCCUCCAGCAGCAGCUGGCGCAGCAGAUGCAGCAGCUCAACACUGCCACCUGGGGGAACCUGACGGGUCUGGGCGGCCUCACCCCGCAGUACCUGGCGCUUCUGCAGCAGGCCACCUCCUCCAGCAACCUGGGUGCAUUCAGUGGCAUUCAGCAGAUGGCGGGCAUGAAUGCUUUACAGUUACAGAACCUGGCCACGCUGGCGGCGGCUGCAGCCGCAGCCCAGACCUCGGCCACCACCACCAAUGCAAAUCCUCUGUCCACCACGAGCAGCGCCCUGGGAGCUCUCACCAGUCCCGUGGCUGCUUCAACCCCCAACUCCACUGCUGGUGCAGCCAUGAAUUCUCUGACCUCUCUCGGGACUCUGCAAGGACUGGCAGGAGCCACUGUCGGACUGAAUAACAUUAAUGCACUCGCAGGUAUGGCGGCUCUGAACGGAGGACUUGGCGCCACGGGCUUGACGAAUGGCACGGCGGGCACCAUGGACGCCCUCACCCAGGCCUACUCAGGGAUCCAGCAGUACGCGGCCGCGGCGCUGCCCACGCUCUACAGCCAGAGCCUGCUGCAGCAGCAGAGCGCCGCCGGCAGCCAGAAGGAAGGUCCAGAGGGUGCAAACCUCUUUAUUUACCACCUUCCACAGGAGUUUGGAGACCAGGACAUCCUGCAGAUGUUCAUGCCUUUUGGAAAUGUUAUCUCUGCUAAAGUCUUCAUUGACAAACAGACCAAUCUGAGCAAGUGCUUUGGUUUUGUUAGCUACGACAAUCCCGUGUCUGCGCAAGCUGCUAUCCAGGCUAUGAAUGGCUUUCAGAUUGGCAUGAAACGCUUGAAGGUCCAGCUGAAGCGCUCCAAAAACGACAGCAAACCUUACUGA